AUGAAGGUAUUCGUUUGUUUACUGGCUGUUUGUGCCAUUGCCAAUGCUGGCAUCAUUGGCGGCGGUGGUGGCGGUUGGUCUGGUGGUGGGGGCGGCGGUGGUCAUGGUGGAGGUGUCAAGAUUGUUAAGAUCAUCGAUGUUGGUUCUGGUGGCCACGGCGGCGGUGGAGGCUGGUCUGGUGGUGGUGGCGGUGGCGGUUGGGGUGGUGGUGGUGGUUAUGGCGGCGGCGGCGGCGGCGGCGGCGGUGAUAUCAAAAUCAUUAAAGUCAUUUCUCAAGGAGGUGGUGGUGGCGGCGGCGGCGGUUGGUCCGGCGGCGGCGGCGGUGGUGGCUGGUCUGGUGGUGGUGGUGGUGGUGGCGGCCACGGUGGUGGUGUCAAAAUCAUCAAAGUCAUCUCGGAAGGAGGUGGUGGUGGCGGCGGUGGCGGUUGGUCCAGUGGAGGUGGUGGUGGCUGGUCUGGUGGCUGGGGUAAAUAAAAUGAUCGCUAAAACAAUGCAGUUCGAAAAGCCCCCUUUGUGAUAUGUAUCAAUCUAAAUGUGUUCAAAGUUUUUAUUUUUGUGGAUUUUAAAAUACUACGAAAUUGUUGCAGCCCUCUUUGCAACGCCCGCGCCGCCAUAAACAUUUUCAUUCACCACACUAACUACUGCUUUACGUCGCCAACCAUGCGAUUUGGAGAAUUUAACGGGUGUUAAGAGCCGAUCAAACGCAACAUAAGCGCAAUCGCCCGAUAGUAUGCUUCUAUAAUACUCAUACAUCUAGUUAAAUUAACAGACCUCUUAAGUACAUACGCACCAACACUUUUACACAUGUAAAUAUUUCACA